CGCGCAACAAAUGAAUGCAUAAAAUGGUGUUAGCAAUGCGACCAAUCGCUAGUAGGUUAAAACUAUCCCUCCGCGAGGAGUUUAUUGUUGGCCAAUAUGACUAGGUCAAAGAUAGAAUUGGGAGAUGUAACGCCUCAUAAUAUUAAACAACUUAAACUCCUUAAUCAAGUGGUCUUUCCAGUUUCGUAUAAUGAAAAAUUUUAUAAGGACGUUUUAGAAGCAGGGGAACUAGCCAAACUAGCCUAUUACAAUGAUAUAGUGGUUGGUGCUGUUUGUUGCCGUGUAGAUACUUCGGAAAACUCUAGACGAUUAUAUAUUAUGACUUUAGGAUGUUUAUAUCCUUAUAGGAGAUUAGGAAUAGGGACGGUCAUGGUACAACAUGUAUUAAAGUAUGUUAAUAAGGAUGGAAACUUUGACUCUAUUUUUCUUCACGUUCAAAUAAGUAAUGAAGGAGCUAUUGAUUUCUAUAAAAAAUUUGGCUUCGAAAUAGUGGAAACUAAACAACAUUAUUAUAAAAGAAUAGAACCUGCAGAUGCACAUGUUUUACAGAAAACUUUGCGACCUCGAGCUAAUCAAACGAGUCAACAGACAAUCAAUUAAUUCAAUUCCUCUUGUACAUUACAUCAUUUCUUCAUCCUUUUCCUUUUGCCAUCGCAAAAUUAUAUUUGUCUUUUAAUUCUAUAAAUAAAGAAGCUCCUUGUUAUUACAUCUACUGUUGCACCUAAUGUUACGGAGUCACCUGUACAUAAACAACAAUACAAAUAUAAAAAU